CAUCAACCUUAAGUGCUCCUCACCUUUCCACCUCCACUCUCCACGCUCCAGACCUCAACCAGCAAACGCCAUCCACCAACAACGCGUACACGUGCUCCAAAAUGGCGGACGACGACUCUUCCGAGCUGUCCUCGAUUUCAUCGCUUUCGGAACCGCCUUCUGAAGAUGAUUCCGACAUCCAAUUGGAGGAGCGUCAUGGCAUCCUGAAAUUCUUCCACAAGGUCGACCAAAACCCAGCUCUGGAGCCGAAGGAGAAAACGCCCGCCCGACCGAAGCGGGAGCCUUCGCCGCCGCAUGAAUACGUCCUGGCGGAUAAUCCAGACAUUGCCUUCAUCGUCAUGUUCCGCGCCCGUUUCGCCGAAGCGUUCCCGAAGAGUCUCGCGAAUUUUGGUCCUCAGGAGCUAGAGCGCGACGUUGUCGAAACGAUCCCAGGCGAGCGCGUCGAGCACUUCCUCUGUGCCCUGUUGAGCCUGUUGCUCAACCGCAAGCAGGAUGUAAAGCCCGGCCAUUACAAUCGCGCGCUGGAAGAAGCUAUCCAGACGCACAAAGGGCAGUGGGCGAAGGACUGGGAGAGCAAGAACCCGCUCGCGGGGCAAGCGACCUUCGCGUCGAUGACCCCAGUACAAAGGCUCACUCUUCUGCGCACCUUGGUGCAGUGGACUCUUUCCUCCUCGGACACGGUUAGAGCUAUCAUCGCCAAAUCAUACCGAAACCGACAUGACGACGAUCUCAACAUUCCCUUGAGCGUACAACCGUGGGGCAGCGAUGGCGACAAGCGACGGUAUUUCCUUAUCGAGGGCAACGACGAUACCUCGUUUCGCGUGUACAGGGAGAGCAACCCGGCGGGCUUGAACAGGACGUGGUGGAGCGUCGCUGGCAACAUUGACGAGCUCAGGGCACUCAUCGAUAAGCUUGAAAACCAAGAUGGGGGGCCGAAGGCGAAGAUGUUCGCCAAGAAGAUUGCAAACAGCAUUCCGCGGUUCGAAGCCACGGAAGAGAAGCGUCGCCGCAGAGAGUACCGCCAGAUGCGCAAGGAGCAGUUCAGGCGUCCAGAGCCCGGCUUUUCCCUCUACGAAGGCCGCACGAGAGGGAAGCGCAUAAAGUACACGUAUUCCGACGACGAGGCCGACUUCUUUUCGGACUCGACGAAUCGCCGUUCGUCCCGCAACACCAGGCAUCACACACCAGCGGAGCCCAGUGGCCCUGUCACAACAGCCAGCGGCCGGCAAGUCAGGGCACCGACUCGGCUGAACGCGGAGAACGUCAGCAACGGAGGACCGAGUGCUUCCGUGAGCGUGCAGGGGGAUGGCGAGGUCCCGGAACUGAAGCACACCACCCGUUCGGGACGCCCUCAAAGGUCUGCCGCCGUCAAUCAUGGGAUGAACGGCUGGACGACGAGGAAGCGGAAGAGCGAGGAAUACGAGUCUGAGGAGUCCGAAGAGGAGGGCAGUGAACCUGAUUUUGGGGACGACGAGGAAGACGAGCAUGUUCCGGACGAGACAGAGGAGGACGACGAGGAAUUCGAGCAGGAAGAACUUACAGACGAGGACCUUGAGGCGGUCCGGAAACCAAGCCUCAUAUUUAAGUUCCCGGUCAGGGUCUCGUUCGACGAGAACAACAGGGUGCAUCAAAUACCGGGCCCGCCGGUCGCGACCGAGAAGAACAAACACCCCAGGGCAGCGCACCAGAACGUUGUCGCUAGCGACGGCGGCUCCGAGACUAAUGAUGUCGGUCCCGUGGAGCCGAUCGUGCCGGAAGCAGAGCCACCUGCGGCCGAGGUCAUCGCGGUCGCGACCAAGGCUGCGGCGGGCCCUGCGCCUGGCGGAGAACAAGCCGGAGCUGACGCUGGCAAGCCGACUGAGCCGGCGGGGACGGCCGGGACCGGCGCGGACCAGGCCGCAAAUGAGGCAGGAGAGACCACCAAGUCCUCCCCUACCCCGGCAAACGAGAAUGCGACCUCUUUGACUCUCAGGGGGAGUCCAGAGCUUGCCAAAGCAGUGCCCCGGGCUGUUGAUGGCAGUCCUGUGGAGUAACGGGCGUUAUCUUGGUAGGGAAUAGCCAAUAUGUUU